AUUUUCAGAGUCUUUUAACUGAAUUUGAAUCCUGGCCAUUGCUAGUAGAGGGGGAUUGGAUGCUUCUGAGUGGUUAUGCGGAGGCUGGCUGCCUAACAAAUUUUUGUAUGGUGCUUAAAGAGGCACAUGACGGCAGCUGCAUCUUCAGACAACAGAGAUCAUUGUAGGGGGAAGGAAGACACUACCAGUUCAGUGCGGCACAGACACAAUGGGAUACUGGACUUGCAGUGAAGCGCUGGCAGUCUUUAUAUUAUUGACUUGGCUUGCAAUGAAUAUUUGCAUUUUUGUUGACACCUUCUUCUGGUUUGAAAAUAGCAAGGCUUAUAGUUACACUCGGGCGAUGCUUAGGUCAUCCCUUGCAUGGGCAAGAGCGUCAGCAGCAUGUCUAAAUUUUAACUGCAUGCUGAUUCUUUUACCUAUCAGCCGCAACUUUAUUUCUUUCCUAAGAAGAGCUUGCACAUGCUACAGAGGAAAAAUGAGACAACAACUUGACAAGAACCUUACUUUCCAUAGACUGGUGGCCUAUAUGAUUGUACUACAUUCUGGUAUCCAUAUCAUAGCCCACAUAUUCAACAUGGAAAGAUAUCAUCAAAGUCACAACAAAGAAGCAGGUGAACUGCUCAACAUGCUUUCCUGUAUUGGCAGCACUUCAAAUGAGAGUUAUUUAAACCCCAUCAGGACAUCCAGCACAGACACAACAAAGGAAAUACUCCUAACCAUAUCUGGGGCAACUGGCAUUGUUAUCACCUUGGCUUUAGUAAUCAUCGUGACUUCAUCAACAGACGUCAUUAAGCAGACAUCUUACGAAGUCUUUUGGUACUCUCAUCAUCUUUUCAUCGUUUUCUUUAUCGGCUUGGUCAUCCAUGGAGCAGGGAGGAUUGUCCGAGGCCUAACUCCUCAAAGUCUGUUGGUACAUAACAUCACAUACUGUAAGGACCAGUCCUCGAAAUGGGGGCAGAUACAAGAAUGCCCUAUUCCAGAAUUUGCUGGCAGCGAGCCUGGGACAUGGAAGUGGGUUCUGAGCCCAUUGUUGCUGUACAUUUGUGAAAGGAUUAUUAGAUGUUACCGAUCACAACAGGCAGUCAGCAUAACAAAGGUAGUGAAACAUCCUUCUAGAGUUAUAGAACUCCAGAUGAGAAAGUCUGGUUUCAGGAUGGAGCCUGGUCAGUAUGUCCUCCUGCAGUGCCCAUCUGUUUCUUACUUGGAAUGGCACCCUUUCACUCUGACGUCUUCACCAGAGGAAGACUACUUUAGUGUACAUGUCAGAGUAGUGGGAGAUUGGACAGCAGCAUUCUAUAAAACAUACGCAGCUGAUGACAAAGCAUUUGAUAACCCAUGCAAGUUACCAAGCAUCGCUGUAGAUGGGCCUUUUGGUUCUGCAAGUUCUGAUGUGUUUCUCUAUCAGGUCAGUGUAUGCAUUGCAGCUGGGAUAGGAGUAACGCCAUUUGCUUCUGUUCUGAAAUCCAUUUGGUACCAGUGCUGUAACUCUAAUACAACCAUGAAGCUGAAAAAAGUUUACUUCUUUUGGCUUUGUCGUAGUACUUACACUUUUGAAUGGUUUGCAGACCUGCUCCAUUCUUUGGAAGUACAAAUGUCUGAAGGAGGGAAGACUAAUUUCCUGAGUUAUCACAUUUUCCUCACUGGCUGGGAUGAAAGUCAGGCUGCCCAUAUUGUCCUGCACCACGAUGACAAGGCGGAUGUUAUUACUGGGCUGAAGCACAAGACAUUCUAUGGCAGACCAAACUGGAAUGCAGAAUUCAAGGAGCUGGUCCAAAACCAUACAGGCACUGAUAUUGGUGUUUUCUACUGUGGCCCAAAACCUCUGUCUACAAUCCUUCGGAAAUUGUGCAACAUGCAUUCAUCUCCUUAUCCCCAAGGUGUUCGCUUCCACUACAACAAAGAAAGCUACUGAGCAAUCAUAAGUGGUGUUUAUAAUGCUGGCAUCAACAUCUUUAGGAAGUAUUACACAUUACAAUGUCAUUUCAGCAAUUUAGAUACUAGUGUUACAGCAUUUCUGAAAUUAAACUAUCCACUUAUAAGGAGAGAUCUAAGAUGGCCACUGAGUAGCAGCUCCUUUCAGAUAUUCUGCAGAUAUUAAUAAAACUGGACAGCAAUUUUUUUAUUAAUUGGGUAAAAAUGAAGUUAGAUCAGUUCAAGAACAUAAUUAUACUGAUUUUUUUGUGACUGUACUAUUACAUAUCCAGCAAAUAAUAAGCUUGUACCAACAUAGAAAUGAGACUUUUCAAAUCUCAUCAAGGUACUUCUGUGAGGACAGAUAUACUUUACAGAAAUUAUCCUUGAAAAUAGAACAGUUCCAUAUUACAAUGUAUUUCAUAACUACAGUAAACAAGGAAUAAAUCUGUAGCCCAUAAUACAACAACAAGGUUGUUAGCACAGAGGACUAAGGCUAUGAGGUGUUAACAUGAUACUUCCUGUGGUAUAGGGUUUCAUUACCUCAGACUUCAUAUGCCUACUAUGUGAUCUUGAGCAAAUCACUUAACAAGACAAUGUUUUGGUAAUUUGGACUGGGCUCCUUAAUGGUCUCCUGGACUGCAUGCCUAGUAACUACCUAGCAAUGUCAAAUAAAGGACAAAGACAUUGUUAUCUGACACUCGUGACAGGGUAAAAGUUGGGUAGAGACAAUCCACUUUCAUUGUGGAACAGUAUACACAUUUGCUAAAUAAACUACAAGGGAUAAGAGAAGUCACUUGAGUAAUUGUGGGUUUCCAGGAAAAACUUUUGCGUAGCAGUCUAUUUUCUUUCUUAAUUACCUGGUUUCCAAGAAAUGUAAUGUUGCAAGAAGGUCUUUUAUUUAACAUAGAUCACUUCUGAACCCCCUUACUAAACCAGGAACAUUUCCAAAGUCUGUAAUUGUUAAACUUACUUCUUAUUUGAGAAAACAACUAAUUUUAAAACAGAUGGGCCUUACCUCCUCCAUCAAAGUGGAUAUAAUAAUAAUAAUAUCAGAUUGAUUGACAAUUCCGCCAAAACAAUAGACAAAAAAAGAAAAAUCAGUUGUCCUUUGGCUAAAGCCCUCAAAAACUCAUCUCCUUUACUUUACACAACUAAAAUAUUUCUGGCUAAUUACACAAGGAUCUUUAAAUUAAUUGAGAAAGCUGUUGCAUAUGCCAAAAUAUCAUAGGAUUAUGUGACCAUAGGAGGUUACUAGGUUAAUGGCCCUAGGGCUCUUUCAAGUCUAGCCUAGUUUAACCCUUGUUUCCAUGAUUAGCAUCUAUCUCUCCUGUCCAAGAGGGACACAGGUGGAACA